CGCAGUGCGAAUCACCGGCGCGACUCAGACGCGCGCGCUAUAAGAGCGCCCCGACCGCGAGCCGACAGUUAGUACAUGCCCCGACCGAUACAUCGCACCAUACCGCUCCCAGAUUAAACGUUAACUGAGAAAUACUCGACAAUAAGGAGCGAAACGAAUCGACGCGAGUUGCAUGUAAAUAAAAGCGAACAAAAGACAACGAAGCAAAAACAAAGACAACGAAAUGAUUUUACGGAUUAGCCUGAUCCUGCUGGCGUUGCUGGCGAUCGCCAACACCAGGUCCGUGAAGAACUACGAGACGUCCAAGCGCGAGCUCGAGGAGUACAUCCGGGACAAGAAGAAGGACAUCGACCCCCGCUUUCGGCCGCACUAUCACCUCGCGCCGCCCGUCGGCUGGAUGAACGACCCCAACGGCUUCUCCUUCGUCAUGGGCGAGUUUCACCUGUUCUACCAGUACUACCCCUACGACAGCGUGUGGGGGCCCAUGCACUGGGGCCACGCCUCCAGCCCCGACCUCGUGCACUGGAAGGAGUUGCCCACGGCCCUCAUCCCUGAGGACGAGCAGUGCUUCUCCGGCAGCGCCGUCGGCGACAGCAACACCAUGGUGCUCAUGUACACGGCGCACUCCGCCACCGACACAAGGCCCUACUACAACGAGACGCAGUACCUCGCCUUCAGCACGGACGGCGUCAAUUUCGACAAGCACCGCGGGAAUCCCGUGCUCGCGCGCGCGCCCAACGGCUCCCCGGACUUCCGCGACCCCAAGGUGUGGGGCCGCGGCCGCUACUGGUACGUCGUCAUCGGCAGCAAGACCGACGACGAGCGCGGCCGCGUGCUGCUCUACCGGUCCACCGACCUGCUCAACUGGGAGUUCCUGAGCGUGCUCGCCGAGUCCGACGGCGACCUCGGCUACAUGUGGGAGUGCCCCGACUUCUUCGAGCUCGACGGGAAGUGGGUGCUGCUCAUGUCGCCCCAGGGCGUGGAGGAGAAGGGGGACAGAUAUAAGAACGUGUACCAGAACGGUUAUAUUAUCGGCGAUUUCAACUACGAGACGCACGAGUUCGUCCCCGAGGUGGAGUUCCAGGAGAUGGACUACGGGCACGAUUUCUACGCCGCGCAGACGCUCGAGAAGGAGGGGAGAAGGUACGCGGUCGCCUGGUUCAACAUGUGGAACGUCACGCACCACGAGGCGGAGGACGGCUGGGCGGGCAUGAUGACCACCGUGCGCGAGAUGAGGCUCUUCAACAAUCGCAUCCUCAUGAAGCCCGUCGAGACCACGGUCAAUCUGCGCCAGGAGCCGAAGUUGGAGGGGCAGCUCUACCUGAACGAGGUGGUCGAGUUCGGGCAGGCGGUCGAGCUCUUCAUCGACGCCGACCUCGACCAGAAGAUCGAGCUGCACCUCGACGGGCGAAGCGGCGCGCUGUCGAAGGUGUGGCUUCGGUGGGAUCCCCAGGUCGGCAAGGUGGUGGUGGACCGCGGGGAUGGGGACGUGCGGCAGGUGGAGUGGGAGCCCAUCGGCUCCCGGACCUGGCGGAUCCUGCUGGACGCGAGCAGCCUGGAGCUGUUCUGCGGGGAGGGGGAGGUGGUGUUCAGCAGCCGCGUGUUCCCCCUGGGCGGCUGGCGGCUCACCAACCUCAGCCCGCAGCCGGUCAACAUGCUGAGCUACAGCUUGCGGCGGAGCGUCGCCGACUGAUUGUGAUGCUAGUUCUAAGUUAGGUAACAAAUUCUAGUUAAAUUCUUAGGUUUUGUAUUCAAAUUGUAUGUAAGAUAUUUAUUAUAGUUUAAGUAUUGUAAUAAAAUUAAGUUAAUGCCCUA